AUGACGACGCUCAGUUGGAACUGUCGGGGUUUGAGAAGCAACCUGACAGUUCGACGCCUAGAGGAGAUGUGUCGUGAACAUCUUCCGGAUUUUCUGUUUCUCCUAGAGACUAAAAACUCUAGUGAUCACGUGAUAAAGUUCCAGAGUUCGUUGGGUUAUGAUCAUUGUCAUAUGGUGGAUCCAGUGGGACUCAGUGGUGGUUUGGCUUUAUUUUGGAGGAGUAAAUAUGAGGUGAAGAUACUGUCGGCCUCAGCAAGAAUUAUAGAUACGGAAGUGAAGUUGGGAGAGCUGGUUUUCUUCAUGUCUUUCGUCUAUGGUGAUCCGAUCAGACACAGACGAAUUACAGUAUGGAAUGAACUUCAGGAUAUUGGUUUAACCAGGAAUGGAGGUUGGUUUUUGACUGGUGAUUUUAAUGAAAUCAUGAAUAAUUCUGAGAAGAUGGGAGGCCCACCAAGACAAGAAAGUCUGUUUUUUGAUUUCAGAGCUUUAGCCAGAAACUGCAGGUUGAAGGAAAUCCCUAGCUCUGGGAAUCGUUUGUCUUGGGGAGGAGUGAGAGAAGUUUUAACCAAUGGACUUAAAGAAAAGGUUUGGGUGCAAUGCCGUCUAGAUCGAGCUUUCGGCAACGCAGAAUGGUUCAGUUUAUUUCCUCAGGCUCACACAUUAUACCUUGACAAGACUGGUUCGGAUCACAGACCAAUAUUUACGAGUCUUGCCAACAGUGGUCAGAGGAGAACUGGCAGAUUUACUUUCGAUAAGAGAUGGUGCAAGAAGCCUGAAAUCGCAACAGUGAUCAAACGUGGUUGGUGUGACAAGUUUGAUGCUGCUCAAGGCUCGGUCUCAGAGAGAAUAAAAGCGUGUAGGCAGGAGUUGUGCAAGUGGAAGCGACACGCCAAUGUCAACUCUAGUGUGAACAUCAGAAAUUUGAGAAGGAAGCUUGAGGUAGAAGAAAGUAAAAGGUUUCCAAAUCUGGCUAUCUUACCUUCUCUACGUGUAGAGUUGGAAAAAGCUUAUGACGAGGAAGAGUCCUACUGGAAACAAAAGAGUAAGAACACUUGGUUGAAAGUAGGCGAUAAGAACACCAAAGUCUUCCAUGGUUGGGUGGAAUCUAGACGCAUGAAGAAUAAGGUUCACUCUCUGAUUGGUGAUGAGGGAGUUGAGCACUUCACGGAAGAUGAGAUGGGAAAUAUAGCGGUUACCUACUUCAAGAACCUUUUCACAACCUCUGGCUCUGCUGAUGCGACUGAACUGCUUGAGGGUAUGGAGCCUAGAGUCAAUGAACGGAUGAAUAGAGAUCUUAUCCGGCCUGUCUCAGAUGCUGAAAUCAAGAAAGCAGUAAAGGCGAUCAAGAGUGACAGUACCCCUGGUGUUGAUGGUAUGACAGGGCAGUUCUUUCAGAAUUUUUGGAGUAUAGUUGGUCCUCAAGUGACGCAAGAAGUAAGGCGUUUCUUUGAAGACGGUUACCUUCCACCGGAUUGGAACUAUACUGAGCUAUGUCUGAUUCCGAAAGUUCCAAAUCCUAACAUGAUGAAGGAUCUGAGACCUAUCAGUCUUUGCUCGGUAGUAUACAAGAUUGUUUCUAAUAUCUUGUGUGAUCGCCUUAAGCUGGUACUCCCACAUAUUAUCUCCCCUACACAAGGUGCCUUUGUGGCUGGCAGACUUAUCUCCGGUAAUCUUUUGAUUGCUCAUGAAAUGAUACAUGGAUUGCGGACCAACCCGGUUUGCAAAUCAGACUUCAUAGCAAUUAAAACAGACAUGUCAAAAGCAUAUGAUCGUGUUGAGUGGGAUUUUCUGGAAUCACUCUUCCUGCGAUUAGGCUUUCAUCAACGAUGGGUGUCUUGGAUCAUGCUUUGCGUCAGAUCGGUAACGUACUCGGUGCUUCUAAAUGGGCAAUCAUUUGGUCAUUUCACGCCACAACGAGGGAUUAGACAAGGUGAUCCGCUCAGUCCUUUUCUUUUCAUACUCUGUGCUGAGGCUUUGGUUCACACAAUGGAACAAGCAGAACGCUCUGGGAGUAUUUCAGGAAUGAAACUAGCGCCCCAGUGUCCGGCAGUUCAGCAUUUAUUGUUCGCAGACGACAGUUUUUUUCUUUGUAGAGCUACACUAGCUGAGUGUGCUGAGUUCCUACGGAGACUGAAGCUAUAUGGAGACUCGUCUGGUCAGAUGAUUAAUUUCCAGAAGUCAGCCAUAACUUUUGGCGCAGGGAUCGAUCCAGUUAACCGUCGUGUCUUAGCAGAGUUCCUUAAUAUAGAAAAGGAGGGAGGUGAUGGGAAAUAUCUGGGUCUUCCAGAGUGUUUUAAUGGAUCCAAGAGAGAGCUGCUAGCAUUCAUACGUGAAAACAUGAGCAAAAGGUUGCGAGGAUGGUUCGCGAAGAAGUUUUCUUAUGGGGGCAAAGAGGUUCUCUUGAAGUCGGUAGCGAUGGCUCUUCCAGUCUAUGCCAUGUCUUGUUUCAGGUUGACUAAGCACCACUGUCAAAAAAUCACGAGUGCUAUGGCGAGCUUUUGGUGGGAUGAAGAUGGAGAGAAGAAGAAGAUUCAUUGGAUAUCCUGGAAGAAGCUCUGUAUUUCGAAAGAGAAUGGGGGUCUUGGCUUUCGAGAUAUCGAGGAUUUUAACCAAGCUCUUUUGGCCAAACAGGCUUGGAGAUUGCUCAAUGAUCCUGAUAGCUUGAUAGCCAGAAUCUACAAGGGUCGAUACUUCUCAUCGUCGAGCUUCAUGGAGUGUGGGAAAGGAUACCGUCCCUCAUAUGCUUGGCGCAGCAUUCUGUUUGGUCGGGAGCUUCUAUCGAAAGGACUCAUCAGAUCUGUGGGUAAUGGAAGAGAUACCUUUGUAUGGUCUCAACAAUGGAUAAUGGAUGAUUGUCCCAGAAGACCUAUCAACAAACAGCGAGACUUUGAUGCCAAUCAACGGGUGUCAUCGCUAAUAGGGGAGGAUGGUCAAUGGGAUAUUGAGAAGCUGCAGUACUUCUUUCCAGAAAAUGAGGUGCUGAGGAUAAGGCAAAUCCAUUUAGGACCUACUGAGGAUAGAGAUAUUCGGGCCUACUCUGCGAAUGGAGCGUAUACUGUGAAGAGCGGCUACAAACUGGCAACUAAACACAAGGAAACAGAGGAGGUACAGUCUAUGAGUUUGAGGCCGGGUGUUUUGGAACUAAAGCGACGUAUAUGGAAGGUUAAAACAGUUCCUAAAAUACGUAGUUUCUUAUGGCGAGCAUCUUCGGGAGCCUUGGCAGUCGCGGAACGCCUCAACACGAGAGGACUGAACUUGGAUACACGUUGUAGAAUUUGCUUAUCAGGUUCAGAAUCCAUCUCACAUGUCCUCUUUGUCUGUUCAAAAGCACAAGAAGCGUGGGCGUUGGCAGGUUUCCAAGAUCUUUCUCACCUGCAUACGUUACCGUUGACAGAGGCGCUUUCUACAUGCUUGAAUAUGAUGGAAGAUGUAUCUCUUUUGGUAACACAGAGACGAGCUAUCCCUUGGUACUUGUGGACAAUCUGGAAGAAUAGAAAUUCACUGCUAUAUGCAGAUACUCAGGAAUCUCUUCUUAACCAGAUACAACAAGCGAGUGAAGAAGCUCGGUUAUGGCAUGUUCUCAAUGAUCAGCAAGAAGUACAUUCAGUGCUACGUGGUUUAAAUGAAGAAACUCAGAAAUGGGAACCUCCUAUCUUUGGCUACGCGAAGUGUAACCUGCACGCUAACUGGAGAAAUGCUUCACUACACAGUGGUUUAGCAUAUAUCAUUAGAGACCAGAGUGGUAAUGUCCUUCAUCACGCUCGAGAUGCUAUCACUUUCUCACCAAACAGGUUCACAGCGGAGCUGAGAUGUUUGGUUUGGGCAUUACAGAGCAUGAAAGACUUAGGCUACCAAGAUGUGAUUAUAGCUUCUGACUAUCGCGAUGUUAUCUCUGCGGUGAAAAAGCCGAAGGAAUGGCCACUCUUCAGAGCUCAACUUCAGGAGAUCAGAAACCUCCAUACCUCAUUUAGGUCGGUGGCUUUUGAAACAGAGUCAAUCUCCUCAAAUCAGAUAGCAAGAGAGAUAGCUACAAGUGUCCUACGUGAUGGUCGUCUCCAAUCCUAUCUGGCCUUAGGAGGACCGGCGUGGCUCCAUAACAGAAUUUUAAGAGAAUCUAUCUAG